AUGAAGAGGGAUCUGUUGCGCUGCCUGGUCCUGUUAUUGAUCGUAGUCGGUGUCUCUGAUAAAGGCGGGGAAUUGGAAUACAAAAUCGUGAUAGGCGAGAUCCAGUACAUACUGAAAAACAUCAAGUUUGUACUGGAGAUCGACGACCAGGACGAGAUCCAGCCUUGUGGAGGGUUUCACCGCCUGCCCUCUCCUCGGUCGUCAGAAGAAGCUCGUAUAAGCGGGCCCAUGUGGGUCAGGACUGCUGAUGACCGUUUAAAAGUAAUACGUUCAUAGGAGUGUUCUUCCGCCUAGGGCAUCAUCUGAGCAUGGGUCGCCUUCUGCUGUGCCUCCUAAUCCUUCUGUCGGUUGUUGGGACCGCGCCUGGGCCGACGAAAAGCGAGUGGUGCCGCCUCUGGGAUGAGGGCGCGAAGUGGCCUGGCCAUUUCUUCCUGUGCCCACAGAAGAACGGCAACCCAGCCGACGGGUUCUGCUGCGGCACUUGCACCGACUCUUACUGCUGCUCGUCUGAAGAGGACCGGCUGAACCAGACGCUGUGCCCAGAGAGAGACCUAACUGUCCGCGGAAAAAAUCGCAGUAAGAUGUGUUAAAUCUAGUGAGGUCUGGAGGGUUUCUGGAAGAAAGUCAAACCUGUAAUAGAAUUAAUGCUUGCGCACCCCCCCCCCCCCCUCUAAUGGGUCACCUAAAUACGCUUUGUGUUUUUUCCACUCUUUUAUACAUCACGACAUUUGUUUACAGGCAGGGCUCUUCCUGCAACUUUCUCUGGGCCAUUAUUCCCAAGGGGUAUGACCCUGCACAGGAUCCUGAGCACAUCUCAGGAGUAGAAGGUGGUCCAGUAGGGGGAAUGUGGUGCUGCCCCACCAAUCUCAACCUGCAACUUACCUGGCCCUCUCUUGUCAGCUGCCCUCUUACUCAUGGGUGUCGUUAGGAAUGGAUUUUUGUUAGGGGGAACUGGCCUUUUGUUGGGGGGGGGGGAGAACCUCAGUUAGCUAUCUAUUUUUAUUGGUUUUUAUUGUUGAGGGGGCAGUUGCCUUUCUCUGCCCACCCUGGCUAUGCCUGUGCUCUUACUAACAACCAUUGGGGUUUUAGCAGCAUCAGCUGUCUCUCAUUGCCUGUACACUCACCUACUGCUGGUCUCCUUGGCUUCUGCACUACCACUGCUAAUGGGCACUGGCCACAAUUGCCUCUUGGGAGUAAAUCCAGGGCUUGCUACUACAGAGCUGUCCAUUAAGGCUCUCAAGGCAAUGUAUGUCUUCCCACUUGAGGCAGGCUAGGUUGAGAGAUGGUGGCUGGUCCAAACUCACCUGUGAGUUUCAUCAUUGGCUCAGGAUUUGAACCUGGGACUCUUCACUCUGCCUUCUUAAUUACUGCAUUAUGCUGAUUUUUUUAUGCCUGGUUCAGUUCUAGAGUUUCCUAUUCAUGCAAGCUCUCCAUCCUAAAGAAACUCCCAAAGCUGGUCUUCAUCUGUGUCAGAUGGCCUCAUUUUUUAAUUACAUGAGAAUGAGAUCCCACGGUGACUGUGUGGAAGAAAUUAGUCACUUUUAACUUUCACAGUUUAUUGUGGCCUCUCUACAUUUUUAAGCAGCUAAAACUAGGAAUUACAGCUGCAACAGCCGCAAAGGUCAUUGCCAUGCAUAAGGUCUGGUGGUCCAGGUUUUCUGGGCAAGUGCACAUAACCAAGAAAUUGCCCUUUAAGAUUGAUGUCUGAAAGCAGUGAAUAUCUGGUUAUCUAUUGCACCCCCUCCUACUAAUUUGGGAUAGUCGUGUCCAGAUCCUCUACCCACAGUUAGAGUUAAUAGUUUGGGACUCCAUCACAGAAAUGUUCCAUUUAGUAAUUCAGACCCUAUGAAGCUACAGUUUGUGGAGGCUGGAUGUUAGACAGUCUAGAUCAGUUUCCUCUAUCUUGACUGUACUAUUUGCCUGUCUCAGUUCUACUAUUUGGGUCAGAAAGUGUUUGGAACUAGUAACCUGAGACCUUCAGCCUACUGAGCAUGUCCUAAAUAACUUGGCAACACCCCUGUCUAAAUUCUUGGUCCACCCCACUCCAGUUCUUGGAUGGCCUCUGUGCUUGACCUGAUGUGCCUCUAAUGCUCCUCAACUAUGAGGAUGGGGAAAAGAAAUAAAUAGUGAUGAAGGUAGGAUUAUUAUUAUUAUUAUUAUUGUGUGGUGCAUAUUAAUACAUGGGGGUGCAGUAAGUGGUUCUAUGGUAUGUCACUGAUGUGUCUUCUAAACUGCCCAGAGAAACUGGUGAUGGAUAGAGAGAAUCAUAAAUGCAUCCCUUGUUGUUAGAGUUGGAGAGCAGUAUACUGGGCUACGUUAAACGUGGAUAUGUGGGACUUUCAUAUGCAGACUUGCCCUCCUAAUAGGAGGCAUUUGGGGUUUUGACAGGGUAAGACAAAGCAAUAAGAAGGAGGCAUGGAGUAUGUAAAGGUACCUGUGGUGACUAACUUGUAUCCCUCCUUUUUUUUUCCAGCCCGCAAGACGUUUCUUCAUCUUAUCUUGAUAGCGGCUACCGCUGGUUCCAUCUUUGUGUGUUUUGCCUGGGUCACUUAUGUUCUCUGUGAUGUGAUGAAACGACGCAAUUCAGGGAGCCAUAGCUGUAAUAUGGAGCUGAAUGAAGUUACCCUUCCUUCAGAUUCUGAAGCCACUGAUGAAACAGAGUUACAAUCUGCAGUUGCCGAGGACCCUCAAGAGAUCUGCGACUCGCCCUCUGCCUCGUGCGAACAACCUGCUCUGGAUUUCAGUAAUCCAGACUGCAGCACUGGGGAAGACAGGGAGCUGCCCUUGUCUCUGGCAAAUCCAUGUGCUGUUCCCCAAGAUGCAGUGGAUGAAACCAUGGAAGCAGAAUCUUCUGUUUAG